AUGGCACCCCCCCCGAGUGAUUCAGAUUCACCGAACGUGACGCUGCCCGAAGCCCUGACCGGCCUCGAGGGUGACGCCAUUGUGUCGUGGAACAUAGGUUUGCGCGGUCUGCGGCAGCUCGUCGCGUCAGACCGCGGCGCGGACAAGACGGCCGCCAAGGACCAGCAUGGGGUUUCCCGCCAGCUGGGUUACGGCUGCAUCGACUCGCUGCUCGACUCGCUGGGCUCAGACGUAGAUGUCGUGGCGCUUCAGGAGUGCAAGCUGACGAGCCGCAGCGAUCUAUCGCCUGAAAUCGCGUGUCCGAGUGGGUGGGACAGCUAUCACGCGGUAUGCGGAGACGCCUCGGGUGGUGCCAUCCCGACGACGAGCAGGGGUAGAUCCAAGACUGGGUACGCAGGUGUGGCGACCUACGUUCGAAUCGGCAAGCGGGUGGUCGCGGCAGAGGAAGGGGUCACUGGCGCGCUGACUCCGCCCGAACGAAUCGCCCGCGGCGAUGCAGUGGGUCACUACGGUCGGAUGAGCGAGGCGUUCGACCGCGCGCGCAUGCUCGAGCUCGACUCCGAGGGCCGAUGCGUCCUGGUAGACCUCGGUGCCUUUGUGCUCUUCAACGUUUACGUACCGUCUCUGUCAUCCGACGACGAGGACCGAGAGAGGUUCAAACUCGACUUUCUUGUCGCGGUGGAGAUCAGGUACAGGGCUUUGUUGGAUGCGGGACGCAGGGUCGUGUUGUGCGGGGACUGGAACGUGUCGUACGGUGUCAUAGACAGCGCAGUCGCCAUCGAGGAAAGGUUGAUGGAUGAGGCGCUGUGUGAGCGGAACCAGUCCCGGCAGUGGCUGCGUCGGCAGGUUUCCGGGGGCGAAGGGGCGAAGGGGGCGGAACGCGAUCCGCUCGUGGAUGUAUUCAGGCGCGAUUACCCCGCGGCGAGAGGCGCGUACACGUGUUGGAACGUGUCUGCCGGUGCCCAGCUCACAAACUAUGGCAGCCGGAUCGAUUACUUCCUGUGCGACGAGGUGACUGCGGCGUCAGUCGCGAGAUGCGGCAUCGCUCCCAAGCACGAGGGAUCGGACCACGCGCCGGUUUUCAUCAUCGUCCGACGAGGUUCGGAUUGUAGCUUGAAGGAUACGGGAAAUGAGGGAAAUGCCGUCAAUCCGCUCGCCAGCAGCGCGUGUGUGGCCGCCGCGGGGAGGCAGGCGAGGCUGACGGAUUCAUUCUUCAAAGCCGGUGCGGGUGCACCAAAUGACAUAUGGGGUUCAGCAGAGACGGUGGGGGGGGGGGUACACGCGAUGGCGAACGCAAACGGAGGCGAUCGAGGCUGUCUGGCUCGUUCUCAGCCUGCGCUGGCUGGUGUGAAACGCAAACACGGAGGUGGUGGAGCGGGCGGAGCGGCGUCAAUAAAGUCUUUCUUUGGACCCAAGGAUGUGGGAAAGAAACCAACCUCAGCAGCCUCUGCUGAUGAUACCAAUCCGCCUCCCGACGUGCCAAUCGAUUUGGGGACGCGUGAUGUACCAGCUCAGGAACUGACUCCGGCGCCCACUGCAUCAAUCGAGACGGUCGCGGCGUGGAAAGCGAUACAGAAGAGAAUGGCGCCGCCGAAAUGCCGGGGGCAUGGACUUCCAUGCAAGGUGCGAACGGUGAAGGAAGGGGCGAACAAGGGUAGGGGAUUCUUUUGCUGCCCGAAGCCGAAGGGUAUGAAAGGAGACAAGAACGCGGACUGCGGUUUCUUCCAGUGGGAGAAGGUUUAUCGUAAGUGA